AUGACGUACGCAUAUCGUCUGCCGACGAUGUCGCCUGAGACGACGAGGAACGUCGCUUCUCUCUUGCGUCUGGUCAUCAUCAUCCUGAUAGCAGGCGCAGCCGUCUCCUCUCGUCUCUUUGCCGUCGUGCGUCACGAAUCCAUUAUUCACGAGUUCGACCCCUGGUUCAAUUACAGAGCUACAAAGGUGCUCACCGAGGACGGCUUCUACCGCUUCUGGAACUGGUUCGACGAGAAGGCUUGGUACCCGCUCGGAAGAGCGGCAGGUGGAACACUCUACCCCGGCCUAAUGGUCACCUCAGGCGCCAUCUAUAAUUUCCUCCACGCCAUUAAUAUCCCAAUCGAUAUCCGUAACGUCUGCGUCCUCCUCGCUCCCGCCUUCAGUGGUAUGACAGCUUGGGCAACAUAUGCGUUCACGGCCUCGAUGAAAGAUGAUGCCGCUGGACUUUUGGCAGCAGCCUUCAUCGGUAUUGCUCCAGGAUACAUCUCUCGAUCUGUCGCCGGCUCGUAUGACAACGAAGCUAUCGCCAUUUUCCUGCUGAUGAUCGUCUUCUACCUCUGGAUCAAAGCCAUGAAGGAGGGUAGCAUGAUGUACGGCACUGCUUGUGCAUUGUUCUACUUCUACAUGGUGGCUGCUUGGGGAGGCUACGUCUUCAUCACCAACGUCAUCCCUAUGCACGUCUUUGCCUUGAUCCUCAUGGGGCGGUUCAACAAUCGGCUGUACGUCGCCUUCAGCAGUUACUACGUUGUUGGUACUCUCGCAAGUUGUCAGGUGCCCUUUGUCGGCAACAACCCUGUCACCACGAGCGAGCAUAUGGCUCCGCUAGGUGUCUUCGGUCUCUUGCAAUUGGUGGCCUUUGCCGAAUUUGUUCGGUCUCUGGUCCCCUCGAAGCAGUUCAAGGUCUUGCUGCGAGGCGCCGUGGUCGGCAUCUUCCUCAUUGCCUUCAGCGGCUUUAUGAUCCUGUCCUUGAACGGCAAGAUCGCGCCUUGGACUGGCCGAUUCUAUAGUUUGUGGGACACAGGCUACGCCAAGAAGCAUAUGCCUCUCGUUGCGUCCGUUUCGGAACACCAGCCUCCCGCGUGGCCGGCUUUCUUCUUCGACCUGGAGAUGCUCAUCUUCCUCUUCCCGGCUGGAAUCUUCCUCCUCUUUAGGCAAUUGCGAGACGAGCACGUCUUCGUCAUCAUCUACGCCGUGACUUGCAGCUACUUCGCAUCUGUCAUGGUGCGUUUGAUGUUGACGCUCACACCAGUCGUCUGUGUCAGCGCUGCGAUUGCGAUCAGCACUCUCCUGGACACCUAUCUGGACCCUCAAGAGCCCGAGACUCCUGCAGACAGCACAAAGUCUCUCACCGAAGACGUUCAGCCUACAGUCCCGACCUCACCGGCCAAUGGUAAGAAGGGGGCCAAGAAGGCUGGCGGUGCUAAGGCCAGUGCUGGUCCGGUACAGAUUGCAAAGGCUAGGGCUCGCGCUGCUGUGGGCAGCGUCGGUGUCUACGGCCUGGACACAAGAAUACUGGUCUCCGUCUAUACGCUAGUCCUCCUUCUGGUGUUUGUCCUUCACUGCACUUUCGUCACAUCCACUGCCUACUCAUCACCCUCGGUCGUCUUAGCAAGCAGGAAUCCUGACGGAUCUCAGCACAUCAUCGACGAUUUCCGUGAGGCAUACUACUGGCUGCGUCAAAACACGCCCGUCGACGCGAACAUCAUGUCGUGGUGGGAUUACGGAUAUCAGAUUGCCGGUAUGGCCGAUCGACCUACCCUUGUGGACAACAACACGUGGAACAACACUCACAUUGCCACAGUGGGCAGGAUGAUGUCUACCUCCGAGGAGAAGUCCGAGCCAUACCUGAGGAAGCAUGACGUCGACUACGUCCUCGUCAUCUUCGGAGGUCUGCUCGGAUUCUCGGGAGACGACAUUAACAAGUUCCUGUGGAUGAUCAGGAUCUCAGGAGGUAUCUGGCCCGAUGAGAUCAAGGAAGCCGAUUUCUUCACUAAGCGAGGAGAAUACAGCAUUGGUGACACUGCAAGUCAGACGAUGAAGGACAGCCUGAUGUACAAGAUGUCCUACUACCGCUUCAACGAGCUGUUCGGUGGUCGUGCAGCUAUGGACCGAGUCAGAGGUCAGCAGACGUCGACUAUCGGGCCCAAGCUGGACAUCCUGGACGAGGCUUUCACGAGUGAGAAUUGGAUUGUGAGGAUCUACCAAGUGAAGAAGGAGGACCCUCUUGGCAGGCCGCUGCCGGUUGCCAAUGCUUUCGAGGCUGGCAAGAGGAGAGACGGACCAAUUGUUGCGGGUGCUGCCUCUGCUGGAGGUGCGCGACCGAGUGGUAAGACGGCGAGGAAGGGAAAGAAAUCGGUCACUUAG